UUCUGUAAAUAUUUAUUGUAUUCGUUAGUUUCGUCACAAUUGGAAGUUUGGUGAGCUUACGUAACUUCGGCUGUUUAAUAAAAUUAGUACCAUGAGCCGGUCGAAAGAAGAUGCGGUACCCGUGAAAUGUUUGAACAUGACAGAAAUCUCUGGGCGUAAUGGGGGUACAGGGAGAGUGAAUGAGGGGUUUUCGUGUGAGUUGGAUGUAGGUGAAGUUUCGGCGAGAUGUGAACAGUCAAACGCUGAACAAAAUGGCCGACAUUGUGUAAAUAGCUGUUCAAACGGAACAAACAACAAAGACGCUACCAAAGGUGAAGAAUAUGAAUUUAGUUAUAUUACUCUUGAUAAAGCGAAAGAAGCUGAAAGUGGAAACAAUCAAGGAGAAAACGGGUUAAGUGAAAAUGGAACUGCGGGAUUUAAAAAACAAGACAAUAUUGUAAUCGAAGAAGUCAAAGAAAAGCCACUUAUUUACAGUAUAAGUGAGAAUCCGCCGUUUUAUCUGACCAUUCUGUUUUCUCUACAGCAAGCCUUACUACCAGUGUCCACAUCACUGUCUGUAUCAUUACUGGUAGCUGAACUUGUUUGUGCCAGAGAUGACGAUGAAAUUAAAGCUCAACUUCUUAGUACAACCUUCAUGAUGGCUGGUAUUGCAACAAUGUUGAUGUGUACAGUAGGAGUCAGAUUACCGAUAUUUCAAGGCCCCAGUUCUAGUUACGUAGUACCUCUAAUUGGCCUAAUGACCUUAAAAGAAUGGAGCUGCCCAUCAAAGGAAGAGUUAGUGUCAAUAUACUCCAAUUCCACCGUUAAUAUGACCGAUAUAAACGGACGGCUACCAGUUCCCAAAGAAAUCAUUCUAGGUCAACUUGAAAAGUUGCAGGGCAGUUUAAUGGUAGCUGGUAUUCUUCAUCUUCUGAUUGGUCUUACCGGAUUAGUAGGCGUUAUAGCAAGAUACGUUGGACCAAUCACAAUUGUGCCUUCUUUGAUGCUAGCUGUACUUUAUAUGCAUAGGGUGACAGUGAAAUUUGCCGAAUCCUUUUGGGGAACUGCUGUGGCGACUACAGUUUGUGGUGUAAUUUUAUCAUUGUAUCUAAGUGGAAAAAAGACGCCGAUUCCAUUCUGGACUAGGGGCAGAGGUUUCCACAUCUUCUGGUAUCCAUUACAUCAGGUGUUUUCGAUUUUGAUAUCAGUAUUGUUCGGAUGGGCGUUAAGCGCCAUUUUUACUAAUUUCGGAGUAUUAUCCAGUGAUCCAAAUAGUGUCCAGUUUUAUGCUAGAACCGAUGCUCGGAAUCAAAUUCUCACAACCAAUCCUUGGUUCUUUUUCCCUUAUCCAGGUCAAUUCGGAAGUUUUAGAUUCGACACAGCCGCAUUUAUAGGAGCUUUUGUUGCAACAAUCAUGUCCAUAGUGGAUUCUAUCUGCGAUUACAACGCAUGCGCCAGGAUGUGUUUUGUUCCCUUCCCACCAGCCCAUGCCAUGAAUCGUGGAAUAUUCUGGGAAGGUUUAAUGAGUUUUUUUGCUGGUAUGACUGGAGCUGGACACGGCACCAACUCGUAUGGUGGCAAUAUUGGUGCUAUAGGAAUAACUAAGGUUGCGAGUAGAAGGGUAUUUCAGGUAUUAGCUCUCAUCUACAUGUUGUUCGCUGUAUUAGGAAAAUUAAAUGCCGCAUUCAUCACCAUACCUUACAGUGUUUUGGGCGGUACCAUGAUAUUAUAUUUUGGAAUAUUUUUCGGUAUCGUUCUAUCUCAAUUACAAUUUAUCGAUUUAAACAGUACCCGGAACCUGGCUAUACUUGGUAUCAGUAUAUUGGUGGGUUUUAUGUCACCCUAUUGGGUAGAGAACAACCCAGAGGCAAUUGAUACAGGAGUACCUGAAUUGGAUAGAACUUUAACCAUGUUGUUAGCUAAUGGUAUAUUUGUAGCUGGAGUCGUGGCCUGUUUUCUCGACAAUACUGUUAAAGGAACGAUACAAGAACGCGGUUUAAUAGCCCAACUAGAAGGCGAAGGGACACAAGUCGGGGACCAUAAAGUAGAAUAUGAAGAGGGGAUGGAGGUUUAUGACAUACCAUGGGUUCCAAAUUUCAUAAAGUCAUCGAGGUUUGCAAAAUAUUGCCCAAUAUUGCCGUACUUCCCAGAGAAAGACACACAAACGAAAUAAUUAUAAUAUGAAAUAAAUACGUGUACAUUUGUAAUGUUA